AUCAUAAGUAGGAAUGUAAGAAGAUCAGGUAUACCAUCAAUAUUAUUACUCAUAUCACACCCGACGUCAAGUAGCAUUUCCAGGCAAUGCAUGAUGGAUGGGAAAUUCUGAACUAAAACCUGUUGAGAAUGAAAUUAUAUAAAUAUAUUGAAACUGCUGAGAGAUAUUUCAGUCACAUCGCUGACUUGGCAGCAUUCUGAAAAUUUUCAGCUAAAAUUUACGAAUUUUGAUUAAACUGAGACAGCAUUAUAAAACGCCAUGAAAUAUUUAUCGCUGGGGGCCCUGCUGAUUAUCGCCCUGGUCGCUUUCGACCGUGUGGAAGGGCACAGAUGGUUCGGAGUGGGACGCCCUACUUAUCAUCAUGGUGGUCACCAUGGUGGUCAUCACAGUGGUCACCACGGUGGUCAUCACGGUGGUCAUCACGGUGGUCACCACGGUGGUCAUCAUGGUGGCCAUCAUGGCGGUCAUCAUCCUCCCAAAACAGGUACAAAUCGGGUUCCCCUGGACAAACCCAAUGUCAUCCUCAUGGUUGCCGACGACAUGGGUAUUGGAGAUCUGACGUCGUAUGGUCACCCUACCCAGGAGCCAGGCUUCAUUGACCACAUGGCAACCAAUGGCUUGAGGUUCACCAACGGAUACGUGGGAGAUUCUGUCUGUACUCCAAGCAGAUCGGCUAUUAUGACAGGUCGUCUCCCAAUUCGAAUCGGCACGUACGGCAACACUCGUGUCUUUCUGCCAUGGACGACCACCGGUCUACCAAAGAGUGAGGUUACCAUCGCGGAGGCAAUGCAAGCUGCUGGAUACGCCACUGGGAUGGUCGGGAAAUGGCAUCUUGGAAUCAAUGAGCACACUUCAUCCGAUGGGGCCCAUCUUCCCUACAAUCAUGGUUUUGAAUUCGUGGGCCAUAAUCUCCCCUUCACCAAUAGCUGGAAGUGUGACGAUACCGGGCUCCACAUGGACUUUCCGAACACGCAAGCUUGCUACUUGUACUACAAUGCUACCCUCAAGGCUCAACCGUACCAACAUCGCGGUCUGACGCAACUCUUUACGAAUGACGCUGUUCAUUUCAUCAAUCGAAAGAAACGGGAACCGUUCUUUCUCUAUGUUGCCUUUGCUCACAUGCAUACCAGCCUCUUCUCCCAUCCGGACUUCGCCUGCACUUCCCGCCGCGGUCGCUAUGGUGACAAUCUCUUGGAGAUGCAUCAAGCUGUUAAGAACAUCACCGAUGCUCUAGAAGACAACAAAAUCUUGGACAAUACUGUGAUUUUCUUCAUCUCUGACCAUGGUCCACACCGAGAGUACUGUGAGGAGGGCGGGGAUGCCAACGUGUUUAGAGGUGGUAAAUCGCUCUCGUGGGAGGGUGGUCAUCGGAUCCCCUACAUCGUCUAUUGGCCGGGGACAGUCAAACCCGGUAUCUCGAACGAACUGGUCACAUCCAUGGACAUCAUCAAAACCGCUGCUGAUCUCGGUGGGGCGCCCUCUGGCACAUUUCCAGAAGGUCGGGUGGUAGAUGGUAAGAGUAUCAAGGGUCUGAUCCUCGAUCCAGCGACUCAUAAGUCGCCCCAUACUGAAGGAUUCUUCUAUUACUGUAAGAACAACCUAAUGGCUGCUCGACUUGGACAAUACAAGGCACAUUACAGAACCCAACGUGUACUCGAUCAGCCCACAUACGGUGAGCGCUGCGAUGGCGGUUUCCCGCUCGAAGACUACUUCGACUGCAACGAGUGCGAAGGUGAAUGCGUGACAUUCCACGACCCACCCCUCCUUUUCGAUCUCUUCCAAGACCCCGGCGAGGCCUACCCGCUUAACGUGGAUCAGUUCGCCGAUGAAUUGGCCCAGAUCCAGGAAGCCGUCAGGGUACACAACGCUUCGUUGGUAGCGGGAGCACCGCUUCUGGACUCCUUCGACAUGUCGAUCGUACCUUGUUGCAAUCAGGACACAGACUGCGUCUGUAACUACACUCAAGAUCCUCAGAUACCAGAGUGCUACCAGUAUCUUAUUGAAGUAUCCGAUAGAAACAAGAACCCGACAACGCCCGCUGUGGCCGUCCCGCCCGUAAUUCCAGUUUAAGAAAAAGUUGAUUCGAAAAAAUGAGAAAAAUCCAACAAGAAUAACACUAAAUCUUUCAUCAAAAUCGGAUGUAAAAUAAGAAAGUUAAUUCAUUUUUUUUUUAGUUUCGCUUAAUUUCAUAAAACAGUUUUAUUCACACCCUGGUAGGUAUGUAAAUGAGGGAACCGAUGACAUCACUCACUAUUUCUUUUGUAUUUUAUUUGAUAUGUCAUAUAUUAAAAUUUUCUCCCCGUUGUCCUGUGAAACAAAGUUUUAUUCCUCCCUGAACAUGAGGUAUUACCAUUGUUUUAAUAUUUUAUGGUUCAAUCAAGUUGGUCCUUAAUGUAUUAUGUAAAAACUAAAAUAUUGUUUAAUUCAAACAAAUAAAAUACAAAAGAAAUAGUGAGUGGAGGGGAUUCAUCGACUCUCUCAUUUGCAUGUCACUGAAUUGUGCAUAAAAACUGUUUUGUGAAAAAUAAGCGAAACUGUAAAUUGUCGUAACUUUCUUAUUCUACAUCCGAUUUUAAUGAAAUUUUCACCGUCAUGCUUGUUUGAUUUUUCUCUAUUGAUUAAAAUCAACAUUUUUCUGGGGGUAGACUUGACCUUUAAACAAUAAAGGGGUAUUUAUCACAAAUUCAAAGUUUUUUUUUAGAGGGAAUAGAAAAAUCAGACAAUUAAGUAGAUAAGUGAAAGUUUGAAGAAUGUCAGACAAACAAUAAGGAAGUUAUGAAUUCUUAAAAAGUUGUACAAUACAUAAGGAGAAUUCAAAUUGGCUGCAUUGGUGAUUUUAUAGUGAUGUAUGGCAAGGAUUACUCUUCCAUUUACUCUGUUUCUGUUUAUGGUAACUCCCGUAGGAACUCGGCAGGACAGCUUUUUGCUGGUAAACGCCAAGCUAUAUAACCAAUUACACAGGAAACAUUUUACGUCUAAAUUAAUUAAGCAUAGUGGCUGACCUUAUAGACGACAGAAAUGUCGGGCAAAACGACCAAAUUUGAGAAAAUGGCAGAGCGGGAAUUCGAACUCACAACCUUGCGAAUAUCUGCUCUUAUCAGCCACGCUACCUUGGUGAAAUAAAUGUUUCAUUACUGAACUACAUGAAUUUGUAUACAGAGUUGUUUUUGUACCCCACCAAGUCAACAGUUUACGAACGUAACAUUUAAAGAGUCCAAUGUUCUAACCAUUAGACGACCUGACCGGUUAAAUACUCCAAUACAUAAAAUGGCAAAAAUUUAUUUUUAAAGUUUUUACUCCAAAUUAUAUGUUUCUUUCAUGGGGACAUAAUUAACAAUGCUACAUGCGUUAUAUCAUGAAUACUGCGCCAGGGGGUAGAGACUUAGGAGAAAGCCACAAAUCCCUUUUUAAUUGAAUGGCUUAUGGAAAAUUGUCCCUAUACCACAUUGUCAUAAUUUGCUUACCCAGUUCCCAAUAUAGGAAUUUCUGUUUUACUUAUUUUUACUUCUCUUUCACACAUUUUAAGACCAAUGUUGGAUUCCCCUUUAUAAACAGGAACAGUAGGCCUACGUGUAUAUUUCGGGGCCACAGGUAGACGUCAUGGUUGGUUGUACUUGGAUUUUUAAAAUAGACCCUAAAAAAGUAAUCAUCCGUCUAUCUCACAUGAGGUCUCAUAGUCCGUCUCAUUUUUUGUCGGGCCCCGCUCCCUCCGUAAUCCCUGGUAAAUUAUAUUUUGAUGAUAAAGUUACACGUUUCCAGAGUUUAUAUUUACCCUUUUUUCUGAAUUUGGUAAUUUUGAUACCCUUUUUACUACACGCGAGCACAUAACCCCUUAACGUGAAGACAACAUUAUAAAUGUCGACCCCCCCCCCCGUAUAUAUACUUUACAAGCUUUGUUUUUUAGUGGAUCCCCCUCAUUUCCAUUUAAGCUCUAUAUUAUACUGUUUUUUCUGGGUUUUUUUUUACGAAGUAAGAAUGCCCUUCUGUAAAAUUGUACUUGAUUUGUAUUACUUUAUAUUACUUUGUAUUAUGUUUUGAAUGGAAAUGAAAUAAAAGAAUUGAAUUGAAUUGAA